CUAGGGGGCGGCGAACAGUCUCAGCCGGGCUGCAGCCCGCGCUGCCAGCAGCAGCGAGCGACACGGACGACUCUACCCUGUCUCUUUAAAUGCCUUCCCCGUCCUUCUGCGCCUUUGGCGGGUGACGCCAUCAGCAUGCGCCGUCCGGGGCGCUUCCCGCUCUGUGCAGACUCACGUCUAUUGUGCGCGACGGGGUCGGGAGCGGCGGCAGUGGCGGGCGCCGAGGAUCUGACACCUUGAAGCAUCCAUAUCAAGUCUUCAGCAAGAUGGACAGUGUGUAUCUCUGUGUGAGCAGGCACAGGUGUUUGGCUCUAAUAGCAAUGUAACAAUGCCGCUCUUUGGAGUUUAUUGCACUCGAUUAGGGAUCGUUUCUCAGAAUCAAGGAGUUAGAAGUGAGAUUUGAGAUAAGUGAGGCCCAUCCAGUGCUGCUUGGGACGCCUCAGAAGGGAAAAUGGAGUUUUCAGGAAUGAAAAAGAAGAGUUUGCUAGGAUUCAAAGAAAAUAAUAAAAAAUCCAGCACUAGGGCUCCCUCUCCAACUAAGCGCAAAGAUCGGACUGAAGACAAAUCCAAGGACAGAUCCAAGGACAAAGUGUCCACCAAGGAAUCAAGUGAAAAGGAUCGUGGUCGGGACAAAACGCGCAAAAGGCGCAGUGCUUCCAGUGGUAGUAGCAGUACCAGGUCCCGCUCCAGCUCCACUUCCAGUUCAGGGUCCAGCUCCAGCACUGGUUCCAGCAGUGGGUCCAGUUCCUCCUCUGCAUCAAGCCGGUCUGGGAGCUCUAGCACCUCUCGUAGCUCCAGUUCCAGCAGUUCCUCUGGAUCCCCAAGCCCCUCUCGACGUAGACAUGACAACAGGAGACGUUCCCGCUCCAAGUCGAAGCCACCCAAGAGAGACGAAAAAGAGCGGAAGAGACGGAGUCCAUCGCCCAGACCUACCAAAGUGCAUGUUGGGAGACUCACCAGAAACGUGACCAAGGAUCACAUCAUGGAAAUAUUUUCCACUUAUGGGAAGAUUAAAAUGAUUGACAUGCCAGUCGACAGGUUAAAUCCACAUCUCUCCAAGGGUUAUGCCUAUGUGGAGUUUGAGAAUCCAGAUGACGCUGAGAAGGCGCUGAAGCAUAUGGAUGGAGGACAGAUUGAUGGUCAGGAGAUCACUGCUACAGCUGUACUGGCACCUCGGCCUAGGCCACCUCCCAGGCGCUUUAGUCCACCAAGGAGGAUGCUGCCACCACCACCAAUGUGGCGUAGGUCGCCACCUCGCAUGAGGAGAAGAUCCAGAUCUCCAAGACGCAGGUCCCCUGUUCGCCGACGGUCAAGAUCCAGAUCUCCAGGCCGAAGACGUCAUCGCAGCCGCUCCAGCUCAAACUCUUCACGAUAAAGCAAAAAGGACUGGACAGCUUUUUAUUUUUUAACUUAAAUCCCACCAGACUAAAUAUUGUACCUUUUUUAUAAUGGGCCUGGGUAAGGGGAAGUGAGAGAAAUCGAAACCUGGCAGUGAAGGCAAAUUAAGAGGAGGGGGUUUCCUGGCCAGUAGCCUUAGCAUGCCAUGCAGAAAAAACUAAAAUACUGACCUCUUUUGGGAAUCAUAAGGCUGGCUACUACUAAGAGAAGGGAUGGGGUGGGGUGAGGUGUUAUCCAUCUCAAGACAUCAGUGCAGAUCUUUGGGUACCACCAGUUCUGAACACAGAAAUCCGCCUCAAACUUAAAUAUUCAGUUGUCAUUGUGCCCCCAUGCCCUGAAUAGUGAGAUCAUAAAUUUCUGUUUGCACAAAGAGGCAGAGUGCUGCAGACUUGCAUGACAUUGAAGGUGAUGAUUUUUGGCCAGUCCCACUGCGUCAUCUACUGCAUGUUAGAAACAGGCCAAGAAUUGAAGGACUGUUUUGUAACGGCCCUCUUUAGGGAUCCCCUUGCCCUUCCUGAAGGGUUUUGGUACAAAUUUCAUACACAACCCUCUACCAAAUGGUGUAAAUGUUUCCACCUUUAGAAAACACAGUACAAACUGCCAACACUAUCAAAACCCCACCUUACUGCAAUGAAAAGGGGGCGGUUUGAGACUGAUGCUGUUUGGAUUAAUUUGGGUAAUCUUGCAAAAGGCAAGUAACUUACCAUCUAUUGUACAGUCAAUCUAUAAAGUUUGAUUUUUUUUUUUUUUGUAUAACUUUGUAGCAUCUUAGGUCGUGUUGUGUUUGUAUUUGUGUAGAAUGACUAUAUUGAAUAAACCAAUAGAGUUGAGAUUAAA